CUAAAAGUUUGUAAAUAAACUCAGCUGAGUGAUGGAAGAUUUGCCAGAAAACUUGCAAGUGAUUAAACUGGAGCCUCCUGGCACACCCGAAAAGGCCAAUAUUAAGGAGCGUCUUAAUCUGCAUGUUAAGCGACGUCUGCAACAAGAGAUGCCCGUUUCCAGUCCUGAAACUCCGCCAUAUGAAGUAGGUACAAUUGCGGGCAACAAGCGCAAUAAAAACACAUCAACGCAGCCCAAGGAAACACAAAAGCAGCGAAAACCUUAUCAGAAACGUAUGGAUAAGGUAAAGACAGAGACUAACAAGUGCAAAAAAGCUGAAAUUGAAUCUUUUGAUGAACCUACGGAGCCAGAAACAGAGAUAGCAGACGCGAGAAACGUUAGUCGGGAGCGCUGUAAAAACUCAGAUAUACUCAACGUUGUCCUGAGCAGGAAAAAAAGACAAUUAAUGCAAGAUCCAGAAGUACAAUUGUUUUGGUCUAAAAUUGUUGAUGCUCUAAAAAAGUAACACAGAAAGACCUCGACUUAUCGAUUACGCUCAGCGUCGGUUUGAAAAUCAUAGAAUUAGUGAAUUAUUGAACAGUCUAUCCAAUCAUAUUACGUAU